AGCUUGAACCAAACGAAUUUUUUCUUAAUUUUUUUUUUGUCUUUCUUCUUCUUCGUAUAAAGUAUUAACCCUUUGACGACGAAGACGAAGAAGAAGAAGCUAAGAUGUUCAGGAACCAGUACGACACAGACGUGACUACAUGGAGUCCCACGGGUCGUCUUUUCCAAGUUGAGUACGCCAUGGAAGCCGUCAAGCAAGGCUCCGCCGCAAUCGGACUCAGAUCUCGCUCCCAUGUCGUCCUUGCUUGCGUCAAUAAAGCUCAAUCGGAGCUCUCUUCUCAUCAGAGGAAGAUCUUCAAAGUCGAUGACCAUAUCGGCGUCGCAAUCGCUGGUCUCACCGCCGAUGGUCGUGUUCUCUCUCGUUACAUGAGAUCUGAGUCCAUUAAUCACUCUUUCACCUACGAGUCUCCUCUUCCCGUUGGCCGUCUCGUCGUCCGUCUCGCCGAUAAGGCCCAGGUAUGUACCCAAUGGUCAUGGAAACGGCCUUAUGGUGUGGGAUUGCUGGUAGGUGGAUUGGACGAGUCAGGAGCCCACCUCUACUACAACUGCCCUAGCGGAAACUACUUUGAAUAUCAAGCGUUUGCUAUCGGGUCUCGUUCACAAGCUGCAAAAACUUAUCUGGAAAGAAGAUUCGAAAAUUUCAAAGAAUCAUCAAGAGAAGAGCUGAUAAAAGAUGCGAUUUUGGCCAUAAGAGAGACUCUGCAAGGGGAAACACUGAAGAGCUCGCUUUGCACGGUUUCUGUUCUAGGAGUCGAUGAACCGUUCCAUUUCUUGGACCAGGAAAGCAUACAAAAGGUGAUUGAUACAUUUGAGAAGGUUCCCGAGGAUGAGGAGGAUAAUGCUGGAGAGGCCGAGAUCGGUGCUGUUGCACCUGCCGAACAAGGUGGUUCAGGUGAUCAAGAUCUUGCACCAAUGGAAAUGUGAGCAAGUGAGAGUUUUUAAAGUUGGCUUUACGAAUGACUUUGGCAUAUAAACACAACAUGUUGGGUUACAACAUUCAAAGUUCCAAAGUAUGCAUCUUUGAGUUAAAAAAGUCAGUCGAUGUCCUAAGUAUUUGGUCUUUUA